CUGGUUUUGGAAUGGAUAAAGCGAAUAGAGAUUAUGCUUCUGAAGUAACCCUGACUUGAACUCUAUAAAAUAUUUAUGGGCUACCCUUAAAAACAAAGUCGCAGAAAAGCAACCCAUUUAAACUCAUUUACUAUUUCUCAUAAAAGGAAUGCCCAAAUACACAUACAGAAUUAUAACAGCUUUUUAAAGCCUACAAAAAGGGAUCUGUUUCAAAUUCAACCUUCUAAAAUGCAUUUAGCCUUGUAUUAAUGGGGUAUAUAAUGCAUAACUUGGGCCAUGGGUGGAUCUGCAAUGAAUUCAAUUUGUUCAUCCACUUGUUUCGUUUUUAAUCACAGAAGUUGCUUAUUAUGCUAUCACCCUUCUAUACUUGCUGUGUUUUUGUAAGUCCUCAUGAGCAUUUUUUGAGUGUAAUUCAAAAUAUUUCCUUAUGCAAAAUAUGCUUGUGUAACAACUUUCAAAACUAUGUGAAUAUACGGCACAGUUUUAUCUGAAAUCUUAUAAUCUUUCAUUGUCUUUUCCACAGUCAUGUUCCACACACUUUUUUAAUCAUAAAAAUAAAACAUAACAUAGUAGGGAGUUCGUCGUCAUCGUAAAAUUACUGUAAACAAGCCUACCAGGCUGUGCGCAGGGCCGAAAAACCCACGUUGCAUGAACAGGGAAUUGUGGGUACAAUAUGUCUGCGCCCUAUCUUUAACCUGAUAACAUUUUUAUAGUGCAGUUUGUCAAAGAUUCCUGUUAUUAGAACAGGUUUGUUGUGGCUUUCAUUGAGAGGAUCAUGUCUGAACACGCCGAGCAGAAGAGCGGACCGGGAUUGUCCAGGGCCGUGAUUGCCGAGAUGCUGUUGAAGAACUUUGAGAAGCUGUCUGACUCUGAUCAGAAGUUAUUCACGCACGGACCUCUGUACCUGGGGGGAAACGCCGGGUUUGCGGGGCUGAUCGCCAACAGCUUGUACCGGAGGGCUCUGAACGUCCACGCGGCGCGCAUCGCCUCCAACCUGCCUAUGGCGGUGCUGCCCUUCCUCACCACCACCGCCCUGUACAACGCGGUGGUGUCGCAGCCGCUGCUGUCCGGCGAUCUGAACUGUCCCACCUGCUCCCUGAUCAGAGGCGCGCUGGUCGGGGCGGUCGGUGGUGGAGUCUACCCGAUGCUGCUGGCUUUGCCGUUGAAUGUCGGCCUCGCAUCCAGAUACAGCACGGCUCCGAUGCCAGAGAAGGGCACAAUGCUGCGGUACUGUGUGGAAGUCUCCAGACCCGUCUUUAACAAGAUGAGAGCAGUUUUCCUGCUACAGGCUUUCUUUGGCACCUACCUGGGCUCCAGGCAUUUCGAAAGUUACGCCAAGCUGGCCCAGAUAACCUUCAGCAAGGAGGAAGGACUGCAAGAGUGAAAGGACUGGACUGAGAAUAACCAGCUCGUUUUAUACCGAUGAAAAUCGGAUUUACCUCUGGGUGUUUCCCAGAAAAUAAAAUGACAUACGAACUAAUAUUUAUCACAGCAUUGUCUGAAAUUAUUUUGUCACAUCACAAAACUGAAAUGAACCUCCCUAUGACAAACAAACUCCAGGAAAUUCUGAUAAUGCUUAAAACAGAUGACCAGUCAUAAGUUUUGUUUUUUAAGACUGUGACAGUGAAGAAAAAUAUAGUUUAGUUUAUAUAAAUGGCGUUUUACUCUCCAUAUGUUGCUGUUCUCCGUUUCAACAUGGAUCAUCUAUUGUGUCCAAAAUAAAGUAAAUGAUUAAUGA